CCAAAAGAGGAUGACAAGGAACGAAGAGGGAAAGGAAUAUCUCGUGCCACGUCGGCGACGUCGUGCCCGGACUUUUGAGGCCAGCCUUGUUUUGUGCAUGUCGUCAAGUAAUUGGAUAUCUCGUAAAGAGCCAGCAGAUAUCGUUGCUGACGGCGUUGAGAACGGCCGGACGAUCCGCCCCAAUGAGGAAUGGACUCAAAUCACCUGAUAUCUACCAUUUUUGUUGGGGAAGCUGCAGGGGACUUCAGCACAUACUCUGUUUACUCCCAAUUUGACGCAGACCAGCAUCAUGGCGUUGACGCCGAGCUCUCUCCAUAGCUACAUACAGCCAGCUCUUUGCCAUCACUGCCGAAUCUCCAUGGACCCUGUAGUCCUUUGGCUGAGUGCAACCCUAUUACUUGGCCCACUAUGAAGCUACCUCCGAGCUUGUUCUUCCUCAAGCCUCUUCAUCAGGGACCAGAUCGACAUUAUCGGGGUGUCUUAUAUCCAGUCCCUGGACUGAGCAAUUAUUACAGCGACUUUCGUGGGAAAGCAGUUCCAUAUCCUGGAAACUUGACAGAUCCAAUCAUGCCAACUACCAACGGUACUGCAGCACCAGACGACCAGUUGUACCAAAAUCUCCUCUCUGCAGAAUGGGCGAUUUUCUCGUUCUACCAGCAAGGUGUGGAAAUGUUCAACACAACAUCUUUCACAUCUCUGGGUCUUCCAAAUACCACCUACGAUCGCAUUCAAGAGAUCCGCGACAAUGAGGCAGGUCAUUUGGCCAUCUUCCAAAGCCAGAUCUCCAGCAAUUCGAUCAAGCCAGGCCCAUGUAAAUACGCUUUUGGUGUCCCCUCUGCCGAAGCCUUCAUUGUCACUCUCACCUUGCUUGAGAUUGCGUCCAUGGCCUUCCUCACAGGUCUUGUACAGCAGGCUCAAACCGAUAUGACCAAGGGCGCAUUGACAGCCAUUGCUGAGACCGAGAGUCGACACAAUACCUGGGCACUGAUGGAUAUUUGGGAUGUGGACCCAUUCGGUGGACCUGCCGACACUUCAUUCCCAUAUGCGAACGAGAUCUUGUACAGCACCAACCAAUUCAUCAUUCCUGGCAGUUGCCCAGCUGCGAACCCUCCAUACCCAUAUCCCAGCCAAGACCUCCCACAGUUCACCUACAACCCGGAUACGAACUCGUCUCUCACUUCUGGCACGCAAAUUGAGUACGUCUUUACCACAGCGCCACCAGCUUGGAACGCCAGUCAAUGCUACUACGCUGUGUUCUUCCACGAGCUGCUCAACAUCUCAAUGCCAUUCGAUACCACAACAAACACCACCACAAUUCCAGAGUUCGAUUUGGACAAGGGUCUCAUUGUUGGUGUUAUCGCAGAUACCCCUGGUGCACCAACUUUGGACACUGUUGUUGCUGGACCAGUCUUAUUGGUGGAGCAGCCGGCUGGAGCUAUCAAGCUUGGAUAG